AUUUAUUCUAUUAUAUAGUUGGUAAUAUAAAAAUUCUUAGAACUAAAUCAAAACAUCGGAAGUUAAGAGUUUUUAAAAACAUAUGAUUAAAUUUCUAUAAAGAUGCAUUGCACAUCACAAUUGUUUUAUAAUUCAUUUGUGAUAAUACUUUAUUUAUAUUAUUAUAAAAUAUUUUAUAUCUUAUAAUUUCAUACUUACAUUUGAUUUUCUUUUCACCCAUUAUUAAUAUUAUAAUCUUAUUGUGCGUUAAAUCGAUAACAUUGGAAAUGACACAAGAAUGAUAAUGGGGGCUUUUUUGGAUUGUGUGACGCAAAUUUAUAUUAAAUGAUAGUGAAUAGAUAUUAAGUUAUUUAUCUUAUAUCUUAUUUAUGUGAAAAUCUGAGUAUAAUUAUAAAUCAUAUUUUAUAAUAAUUUCAAAACAUUAAAAUGUAUGACAGUUUAACCUAAUUUAAUAAUUUUAUUGUGACAUUUUUAUUAACCUAAUUAUUAUUUAUUAAUUUAUUUUUUAUUCAUAGAAUGUUUUUUUUUAAAAUGUAAUUUUUUAAGAAGAAUUUAUUUUGUUUAUGUAUUAGAAAAAUUAUAUUAUUAGAAAAAUUUUUCUGAUUAUGAAAUUGUAUUUUCACUUUUACUAAUUUUAUUACUACAAUAUGAAUGACAUGGAACAAUUAGAAAAUACAGAUAAUGGAAAAUGUAGUUCUUAUUAUGCCUUAUUAGUUGCAUUUAAAACUAUGAAUGAACGUUGUCGACAAUUAGAAACAAGAUUAGCAACUGUUGAAGAAGAGAAUAUGUGUUUAAGACUUGAAUGUGGAAAAGAUGAAUCUGCAAUGAUUAUAAAAAUUAAUGAUAAUAAUGAAAAAACUAUUGUGCAAAGUUUAAAGGAAAAGAUAGAAGAACUUAAAAAACAAAAAUCUCAACUUACUCAUCAAGUUUUUAUGGUAGCAGCAGAAAAUCGCCAAUUAUGGAACAGAUUAAGUAAAUUAACAAAAACUAAUAAAUCUUUAGGAAGUCAAUUGACAAAAAUCUCUGAUACGCUUAAACAACAUUCUCCAGUACAAGCAUCAGACAUUGUCUCUUAUAGUUUUCGAGAUAUUUUUAAUUCUAAAGAAGAUAACAAUCAACAAUGUACAUUAGUUACAAACAAUGGUAAGAAAGAACAAAGCUUAGAGGAAAUAUCACUUAGACUUAUAAAUAGUAUUAUGUUGGAAAAAUCAGAUCUUGAACAGCAAUAUGCAGAGAUGGUUGAAAUUCAAAAUAAUACUGAAUUAGAUUUACGAAAUAUUGGUUUUACUUAUCCAGAAGACUCAGAUACAGAUUUAGAAUUAUUAAAACAACAUGAUAUUAGAUUGUCGCAAAUGAAAAACAGUUUAUUAACACAACAAAUAAAAUUAAAAAGAGCAUUGCAAAAUUUCAAAAAAAAGAAAGAAGGAUUAAUGUGUAAUAAUUGUCGUACAAAUGCAAAUAAAAAAAUGUGUCAAGCAAGUACUCAGUUCAAUUUUAAUGAAAAUAUUAAAGAACAUAGUGCAACUCAAACCAGUCUUCAAACUUCGAGUUUAUCUUCAGAAAAAUGUUCUAAUUCAGCAGAUAAUACAGAUCAAGACAAUAAAAUUUGCCCAUUAUGUGGAAUGUUUUAUGGAAGAACUACUACAUUUGCAGAUUUCCAUGAACAUGUUUUAAGUCAUUUUAAUAAAGAUCUAUCUGUAGAUGAUUUUGAAAUUCUUCAUUAAUGAAAAUAGAGGUUAUGAACAGCAUCUUGAUUUUCUAAAAUUUUGUCGUUAUAAUAUUUUAUUUUAAAACCAAGUGAUAAAUGUAAAUAUUAUGUAUUAUUAUGAAAAAUGUAUUAAUCUUAA